GGGUGUUCAGCUGGCACCAGUGGCCAUCACAGCCCUCCCCGUGAGGUCUACAGUCAUGGCUGACGCCGAGGACCCCCUUUAGAACUCGGCGUCUUGCGGCACCUUGCCUCUGAAACCAGGCGAACCAGAGGUCGAACGCUGAGGUUUAUCCAAAAAGCAUCUUUCCCUGCUACUUGGAAAACUUCAGAGGCAGAGAAGAUCAGUGGCGUCAUCCAUGAAUUCACCAAACACACCCGAGAUCUGAUCUCACCAUCAUCGAGUCCAUCUGGGAUUGGGACAUGAAGAAACAGAUGAAACAGACUAAAUCCAGAAGAACUGCGGCAAUGUCUCCAAGAUGUUUGAAGAAACCUACCUGCAAAGCUACGGUCCUGUGAGAAGUUUUAGGCACUUGUGUAAAAAUGCUGUAAAGUGAGGAUGCUUUCAAAAAUAAUGUCAUAAAUAGAUUUUAUUUAUCAAUUACCUUCUAUUAACUAAAUCAAAUCAAUAUUUGGUGUGACCACCCUUUGCAUUUAAAACAGUUUUUGUCCUAGGUACACUUGCGCAUAGUUUUUCAGGUAACUUUGGAGGUGGGUUUCUUCAAGCGUCUUGGAGACGUUGUCGCAGUUCUUCUGGAUUUAGUCUGUCUCAGUUUCAUGUAAUCCCAGAUGGACUCGAUGGUGAGAUUGGAUCUCCGUGUGGGGCACCGGCUGUUGUCAAGACUCCUUGUGCAUACAAAAAUCUCACUGGAUUAUUACAAUUAAUGGCAAAAGGAAUGUUUGGAAAUCCGUGGACGUGAAGACUUUGUUACCAUCUGGGAUGCAGAGCCCGGUGGGAGGCGGAGGAGAUCAGGGCGGAGGUAGCGGAGGCCCGGUGGACCUGCGUACAGACCCGCGCCUGAGCGCGCUGAGCACAGUGGACCCGGCGCUGAGAGAAAAACAGCUUCAGCACGAGCUGCUUUUACUCAAACAACAGCAAGAGCUCCAGAAACAGCUGCUUUUCGCAGAGUUCCAGAAGCAGCACGAGGUUUUGACACGCCAACAUGAAGUGCAGCUACAGGAACAUCUUAAGCAACAGCAGGAGAUCCUUGCCGCAAAGCGUCAGCAGGAGCUGGAGCAGAAGAGGAAGCUGGAACAGCAGCGUCACGAAGAGAUGGAGAAGCAGAGAUUGGAACAACAGCUGAUCAUGCUACGGAACAAAGAGAAGGGCAAAGAGAGUGCCAUCGCCAGUACUGAGGUCAAACUGAAGCUGCAGGAGUUCCUGUUGAGCAAAAAGGAACCCGGCCCCGGUGGUCUCAACCAUUCCUUCCCCCAGAAGUGCUGGGGGGCUCACCACACGUCCCUGGAGCAGAGCUCCCCUCCACAGAGCAACACACCGGGCACACCGCCCUCCUACAAACUUCCCCCGCUGUUAGGGUCCUACGAGGGCAAGGAUGACUUCCCUCUCCGUAAGACCGCCUCUGAGCCCAAUCUGAAGGUACGUUCACGGUUAAAACAGAAGGUGGCUGAGAGGAGGAGCAGCCCACUGCUUAGACGGAAAGAUGGUACUGUGAUCAGCACCUUCAAGAAAAGGGCAAUUGAGAUCUCAGUGUCCUCUAUGUGCAGCAGUGCCCCUGGCUCGGGUCCCAGUUCUCCGAACAGCUCUAACUGUGCCAUUGCCGAGAAUGGCUCCAGCGGAUCCGUCCCGAACAUCCACGCUGAGCAAUUGCGUUCUCUGCAUCAGUCUUUGACUGGGGAUGGGACACCAAGUCCCCUUACCCUUUACACAUCUCCAUCUCUGCCCAACAUCUCUCUGGGACUGCCUGCCAACGCACACAUCACGGCCCCCCAGAAACUCAGUGCCCAGCAGGAGGCAGAGCGGCAGACAAUCCAGAGUUUGCGUCAAGGUGGGGCACUGACAGGGAAGUUCAUCAGCACAUCGUCCCUGCCGGCGUGCCUUCCCACCGGGGCACCCCAUGACCCCGAGCCCCCUUCCGCCUCUAAUAGCCACAGUAGCCAUUCCUCGCUGCUCCAGCACGUCCUACUCUUGGAGCAGGCUCGUCAACAGAGUGCACUUCUCGCAGUUCCCAUGUAUGGACAGUCUCCGCUGGUAACGGGUGAGCGGGUGUCCAACAGCAUGCGUACAGUGAAUAAGUUGCCCAGGCACCGACCGCUGAGCCGUACACAGUCAGCGCCCCUGCCGCAAACACCGCAGGCCCUGCAGCACCUCGUAAUGCAACAGCAGCACCAGCACUUCCUUGAGAAACAGAAACACUACCAGCUAAAUAAGGUAGAGGAAGCUGUGAUGAUCCUCUCCAAAGGGGCGGAGCUUCCAAGACAGCCUCCCACUCACCCAGAGGAGACGGAGGAGGAGCUUACGGAAACCACAGAAAUGCAGGACGAACGAGGGGAGGGGCCUGAUCAUGUAAGGGAGGGGCUACAGAAAGAGAGCUCCGGUGAGACCACACCCCCUUCGGAACGUCUGGUUCCGUUGAAGGGAGAAAGCACAGAAAGUGACUUGGAGGAAGAUGAUGAUGAAGAUGAAGCAAUUGAACUGAGGGAAUGUGAUGAAGAGGGCGCCCCCUAUGGCCAGUAUUUGGACCAGCAGCAUGUGCAGCAACUGAAUGUGUUCCAGGCCUCCCUGUCCAUCACGGGAAUGCCCCACAGACCCCUGGGAAGGGCACAGUCGUCCCCCGUCACUUCUAGUCUUAAAGCAGCACCCCUGAAUGAGGUGCCCAUUAAGCAUCUCUUCACAACAGGGCUGGUGUACGACACCUUCAUGCUAAAGCACCAGUGCAUGUGUGGGAACACAAACAUCCAUCCCGAACACGCCGGUCGCAUUCAGAGUGUUUGGUCUAGGCUGCAGGAAACGGGCCUGCUUGGUCGCUGUGAGAGGAUCAGGGGAAGGAAGGCCACACUAGAUGAAAUCCAAACAGUUCAUUCUGAGUACCACACGCUGCUCUAUGGCACCAGUCCCCUGAACCGACAGAAACUGGACAGCAAGAAACUUUUAGGCCCAAUAAGUCAGAAAAUGUACGCUGUCCUACCGUGUGGAGGCAUUGGGGUGGACAGCGACACAGUGUGGAACGAGAUGCACUCGUCGGGUGCCGUCCGCAUGGCGGUGGGCUGCGUCAUUGAGCUGGCCUUUAAAGUUGCUGCUGGGGAGCUGAAGAACGGUUUUGCGGUGGUCCGUCCUCCUGGUCAUCAUGCUGAGGAAUCCACUGCCAUGGGUUUUUGUUUCUUCAACUCAGUGGCUAUCACUGCCAAACUCCUGCAGCAGAAACUAGGGGUGGGCAAGAUCCUAAUCAUAGACUGGGAUAUUCACCAUGGAAACGGGACCCAGCAGGCUUUCUAUAAUGACCCCAAUGUGUUGUACAUUUCCCUUCACCGUUAUGACGAUGGCAACUUUUUCCCAGGCAGUGGCGCUCCUGAGGAGGUGGGUGUGGGUCCAGGAGAGGGCUUUAAUGUCAACAUUGCCUGGACAGGCGGAGUGGAGCCACCUAUGGGUGAUGUGGAGUAUCUGACUGCCUUCAGAACUGUGGUGAUGCCCAUAGCCAAUGAGUUCUCCCCGGAUGUGGUGUUAGUGUCAGCUGGCUUUGAUGCUGUGGAGGGCCACCAAUCCCCCCUGGGUGGAUACAACGUCACCGCCAAAUGUUUCGGCCAUCUCACUAAGCAGUUGAUGAAGUUGGCUGGCGGCCGUGUGGUUUUGGCACUGGAAGGAGGUCACGACCUUACCGCCAUCUGUGACGCAUCCGAAUCCUGCGUGGCUGCAUUGCUUGGAGACGAGUUGGAUCCUCUACCACUGACGGUGCUUCAACAGAAACCUUGUCCAAAAGCCACAGCCUCUCUAGAGAGGGUCAUUGAGAUUCAGAGUAAACACUGGACGUCUCUGCAGAGGUUGGCUCCUACAGUGGGUCAAUCUCUACUGGACGCUCAGAGACGAGAGAAGGACGAGGCAGACACUUUGACCGCCAUGGCCUCUCUCACUGUGGACAACGAUCAGCAAACAACUUCCACAGAAACCAGCAGAUCAGCAGAGGAGCCGAUGGAGGAGGAACCCGUGUUGUAGAAGAGCGAGUAAAGUACAUCACUGCUCCAACCUUCUUGUCCACGCGUGCUUGGCACUGGUCACCCUGACGUCACGCCUCAUGUUCCUCCUCCCAGCUCUUUGAUUGGUUCCCUCGGUCCUUCACUCAUUUCCAGGUGCUUGACUGACACGUUCACAGCCCACCCACUUUCGCUUUUCUGAGGUAAAGCAUAGCAAACUGUUGCCGAAAGGGUGCGACAAAGGCAUAAUGGGUAAUUACAGGACCACUCAGUGAGGGUUGCACAGCUGGAUAGGCCGAACAAUGGAGUACUCUUCAGAGAAAGGCCUUUGAUUUCAAUUUAUCAUUGUUUUGGACUGGACUGGGGACGUAAAGAAGAAAAUGCAAAAACAAAAAAAGAAGAAGAGGAGGAGGAAGGGAAAAACGACACGACAGCACAUGGAUGUUGUUGCUCGGAAGGCCGUGAAAAAAGCUUUGUUUUCUGUACAAAGUAUAAGAAAUGUAUAAAGUUCCAAAAAAAAGCCAACAAGCAGCAAAAAUACUUCAGCACAAAACACACAUAUACACUCAUUCACAAACGAACGUGGUUCCCAACAGAGGAACCAGAUGUUCGGAUCGUGACAAAACACCUUUUGCUGACAAGUAUACUCGUUUACACUGUACCGUGUCGAUUAUUUGGUAUACUUGUUCAUCUGUAUAAUAACCUGUUAUGAAAAGCACACAAACAUAUGAGAAAUAUAAAUAUAUAUAAUAUAUAUAUAUAUAUAUAUAUAUAUAAAUAUACAUACAUAUAUAUAAACAUAUGUGUUUUGUGUGUGCUGUAUACACAUUUGAACACAAAAAAAAUAUAUAUAUAAAUACUUUAUAUCCCCUUUAUGGAACAUUUUCUUAUCAGCUGUGGUUGUACAUACAGUAAAAGAGCCUGCAGACUUUUAUCCGGAAGUGGAAGAAUGAUGGUUAUAGCCUUUUUUCCCAGAAGCAUUUCUUUUCUCUAAGAAAAAACAUACUUUUUUUGGAAUAUACGGCUUUGCUAUAACAUGCUCGCAACAUAAAUAACGGCAACCCAUCCAUUUUACGACAAAGAUGUUAAAUAAGAAGAAAGGAUUUUCAAAGCGUCCAUCUCGACCUUCGUGGAGAACGAGGAAUGACGCAUUGUGGUAAUGUCUGAAGAAAGACUUUUUUUUCCAAGAACUUGGUGCCUUUUAUACUAAGGAAAACAUUUAAUAACACCAAUACUUAAUGAAUCGCAAAUCCUCAGACUUAACUUUCAUUGAUUUGUUUGUUUUUCAAAUUGCCUUAAUUUUUUCAAAGAAAAACGAAUUUUAGCCAUGAACGACGGAGAGCACAAAACGAUUAUUAUCCUCCUUCUGCCCCGGUUUCUUUCCGUUUCUCUUCUUUCCUUCUCAUUGUUUUCCCUUUUUUUUUUUUUUUUUUUUUUUUUUAUGAUGUAAAUGUUGCGUUCUUGGUAAAAGGUUUUGAUACUUCUUUUUUUAUUUUAGUGUUAACGAAAGAACGAACGAAAGAAAUUAAAUGAUUGUUUUAUUUAUCAGUCCUGUGCCGUAGACUAGCACACGACGUGAUUGUUUGGAAACACUGACCAACUUCCUGUUUGUUUUCUUCCUUUGUACAUGUAUUUGUUUGGCUCCCUUACACUCGUUUAUUUGAAACUUGUUUAAUUUUACUUUAUUUCCGAGAGAGUGUUAGCGGUGACCUUUUUUAUUAAGACAUUUCCUUUUUUGUACAAAAAUGUAAACGAAAACAGAAACAAAAGAGUCUGUAUCAGUGUUAAUUUCGUCAUUUGAUUUGAAGUAUUCUCUGAUAAGGAAUGUACAGCGUGGUACAGAUAUUAUCUGAUGAUGUUGAUUUAUGUCACUGUGCAGUGCAUUUGGCAUUGUCCUUUUUCAGGAUUUAAGGAUAUUUUUUUCCGGCAAUAAGAGUGACUACCACUUUUUUGUUUAACACUAAAAUACUCUACAAACUUUUGGUUACAUUUUCAUCACCUUUUGAUAUAGCUUUUGUGCUAUGAAUAUGGUUAUUUUUCACCAGACUAAUUAGUAUUGUUCAUAACUGUUGACAGUCUGUCGUAUGCUGGUUAUUCUCUUGUGCACUUGUGGAUGAAAUGCAAUGGCUUGUUUAUGACCCAGAAAUAAUGAUCCUUUAUUACAUUUUCACUGUGUGACAACAGCUUUUGGGGGCCAAAUUCGAUUUAAUCUUCUGCGUCUUUAAUGUCAACCUCUUCCUUUAGCAAUGUCACAGAAGUAGUCAAUGUCACCAACAUUUCUUGGUCUGAGAGGUGACAACGUGUCUAAUGGCAAGUACUUUCAAUGAGACUGAACCGGGCCUCAAGCAUCUUGCACUAAUACUACACUGUAGGUCCGAACCUAAUCGCGUUUUUUACUUUCGGUUCUCAUACUUAAAUUACGAGGCAUUAAAAGCAAAGUGAAUUAUCUCAGCAAAUGCGUUUAAAUAGUGUGUGAACUCUCUCGUCAGCGUUUUUUCUUUGUGUAUGUUCAUUGGUUCACUGAUGAACUGUUGAUGUUGAAACGAAAAUGCGCAUUUCUUGACUCUGCUCUCAUUUGAUUUAUUUAUUUGGAGUCAGAAAUGACUGCUGAAAGUAAGUUGCAUUGCUUCAGGAUCAAUGUUUGUCUCAUUGUAAAUCUAUGAAAAAUUAAAUAUUGUCUUAUCUCUUUGACCGCCUCAUAUCCUCUGGGCAAUAACUUAAAAAAAAAAUUCACAUCACAAAUGUGAUGCCAAAAAACGGGCCAGUUUUUUCUCAACAACAGUCCUCUACGAAGAUGUUAGUUACGUCACCAUUUAUACGUUUGAACUGUUUUUGCUCUGUUGAAACACUAACGUCACCUUCAGCUGUUCAUUCUGUCUCUAACUGUAGUUGUUAGUUGUUAUCAUCAUCGUACCGAGCGCAUUGACUUGGUUUUUUGCGGUUACAGAGAAACAGGAAACAAACACUUUGUGAAAAAUCAGGCUGACACCAGCCUCUGUACUUAGAUACUGUAAUAUACACUAAGAGAAUUUCCCUCUUCUAUGUGGCUGUCUGAAUCAGGAACUACUGUAAUCAGGUUUUGUAACGUUUGGAUGUAGAUCACCAACCAUUUGUGCAUAGUUUUGUAUCUUCACACUAUAUGGCGUCAAACAGUUUAUUGACCGUGCAGUUGGUGGUGAAAGUUUGUUUUUUGUUUUUUUCGCUCCUUUUUUUUGUUUUAAGGAUGAAUCGGCUGACGUGUUGGUCCCUGAGAAGUCCCUUUUUGAAAAUCUUCUGCUUAGGUGUGUUGGGCUGAGCAAUACAUAGAGAGGGGGAAAUAAUCAAUCAGAUGUAAUACAGUACGACGCUUGGUUUUCUUAAACUAGCCACUGAGGGAGGCUUUUCAUUUUUGAUGGAGGUUUACGCAAUGAUCUUUACACAAAGAAAACAACGUCAGCGGCGUGAACAGGGCCUUACGGUGGACACCGGGAAACCUCUUUAUGUGUAAAAGACAUCGCCAUUCGCCAUGGAAGAUAGCUUUACUGUCUCUGCCACCAUUUUGCUAUUGGGUAAAUAUGUAUAUUUAUUGAUAAUUCAUAUGUUGUGUAUAUGUAGUGACCUAUGAUCGUCGAGGUUCAAAGAGUGCUUGUAUAUUUUUUUGACUUUUUUGAAAGAGAGGUUGUGUCUCCUUCACUGUCCCUUCAUUUCUUUGCUGUUCUACAUCACUUGUUGUGAUUGGGUGUUUCAAUUUGUGAGAUCUUUUAACCUUACAUUUUUAACAUCCUUUCUCUCUCUCUCUCUAAUCUCUUCUCUCUCUUUCUUGUCUAUCUUCUGGUCAUAUUGAUAUGCAGAAGUUAUCUGAAAUUAUCAAAGCACAUUCCCUGAUUUAUUGUGUUCUUUCAAUGCUUUCAUGUUGCGACAAUACAAAGGUGUGUAUUCUAACUGCUACACACGUGUAUAUAGGGUGCAUAUAUGUGUACACAUGUGCAAUACACGCUAUUUGAGCAAUCUAUUACUGUGACUAUUAAUCAUUAAAAAUUGCUGUUCCUUUGA